AGUUGUUAUUAAGAAAAAGUUCAAUAUCGGAACAGUCAAGAGAAAGAUUUGCCGGGGUUUAGCCGUCUGCCGCCUUAUCGCUUGCCGGCUGCCGGACUAAAGGGUACAAAAAUACCUCCACGGUAAUGACCUUUCAUUAUGUAAAUGCUUCACGUGACUCAGCGCAAGAAGCUUCGCGCGAAUUGGGAGACUUGAUCAGACCAUUUCCAACUUUUGACCUUUUGAACCUUUGAACCUUUGAACCAUAGACCCGAGAAUUCCACGAAUUCGCCCGCAACCUUCCCACUAAGCCUACCUCUAACCCGUCUUCCCCAGAAUUCCAUUCGAAAUGGCCAUCGCACCCAUCACCGGCAUGCUCCGACGGGGCCUCGUUGUCGACCUCGGUAUCGGGCUCGGAUUGGGCGUAACCUUCGGCUCUCUCUACUGGCACGGAUACCACAUGCCGCGCACCCACGCCCGAGAUAACUUCUACAGACAACUCGAGCAAGAACGGGCUGCCGCGAGAGGCGUCUAAAUGCGUUCGUUUAUGAUGAAGGACUUGCGUGGAAGACAGUGCAAAGUGGAGAGGACGCAAAAACGCAAAAACGCAAAAUACUUGACUCUCGUCUAGAGAACGGCUGUUCUAUUGUGUGGUUGGAGAAUGCUAUAGGAGAUGGUUAUGCUUUGAAAGCUGGGGACGGCCGACUGUAUUAUACGAACGAGUACCCGCCCGCCGAAUUCAGGCUCCCUUGAGCAUUAUUCCUAUCCGCUAGUCCGUGCAAUACGAUUUGGUGUCCAGUUUUACUAGGCAUGCUACGUAUAUAUGUACUGGUCUUGUUUGUAUGACUAUGAGUAUGACGUAGUCGUAAUUAUACUCAAGGUAUGAAAGUCGUAGAUGAGUAAUGGUAACAAGUAUAUGAGGUUGUCGUAAUACGGGAAAUCCUGUGAUGAAAGUAGGCUUUCCCUUGGACUUAGGACUUAAAGAACUGUACUCUGUCUGUAUCAACUUCUACGAAUUCAUACCUGUAAUCGGAUAUAACUGUUUAACAAAGAGUAUUCCCAAGAUGAUUUCUCUGUUGAGAAUAAAAUAG